AUGCGGGAGAUGGUUCGUCCCGCCUACAGGACGGUGUGUGGGGUCAACGGGCCACUCGUGGUGCUGGACAACGUGAAGUUCGCCCAGUACGCCGAGAUCGUGAACUUCACGCUGCCCAACGGCAGCACCCGCAGCGGGCAGGUGCUGGAGGUGAUGGGCUCCAAAGCCAUCGUCCAGGUGUUUGAGGGAACAUCUGGGAUCGACGCCAAGCAAACCUCCUGCGAGUUCACGGGGGACAUCCUGCGCACCCCCGUGUCCGAGGACAUGCUGGGUCGGGUGUUCAACGGCUCGGCCAAACCCAUCGACAGCGGCCCCCCGGUGAUGGCCGAGGACUUCCUGGACAUCAACGGCCAGCCCAUCAACCCCCACGGGCGGAUCUACCCCGAGGAGAUGAUCCAGACCGGGAUCUCGCCCAUCGACGUCAUGAACAGCAUCGCCCGCGGGCAGAAGAUCCCCAUCUUCUCUGCUGCCGGGCUCCCCCACAACGAGAUCGCGGCGCAGAUCUGCCGCCAGGCGGGGCUGGUGAAGAAGUCCAAGGAUGUGGUGGAUUACCACGAGGACAACUUCGCCAUCGUCUUCGCCGCCAUGGGGGUGAACAUGGAGACCGCCCGGUUCUUCAAGUCGGACUUCGAGGAGAACGGCUCCAUGGAGAACGUGUGCCUGUUCCUCAACCUGGCCAACGACCCCACGAUCGAGAGGAUCAUCACCCCCCGGCUGGCGCUCACCACGGCCGAGUUCCUGGCCUACCAGUGCGAGAAGCACGUGCUGGUGAUCCUGACCGACAUGAGCUCCUACGCCGAGGCCCUGCGGGAGGUGUCGGCAGCCCGGGAGGAGGUUCCGGGCCGGCGCGGCUUCCCGGGCUACAUGUACACCGACCUGGCCACCAUCUACGAGCGGGCGGGGCGGGUGGAGGGCAGGAACGGCUCCAUCACCCAGAUCCCCAUCCUCACCAUGCCCAACGACGGCCAACCUGGGCGGGUGGAAGGUGUCUCUGGGUGGGCUCUGAGGCCCCUCCAGGCCCCCCAUUCCCGUGUCCCGUGGCUCUCCCAGUACGCCUGCUACGCCAUCGGGAAGGACGUGCAGGCCAUGAAGGCGGUGGUGGGGGAGGAGGCUCUGUCUGCCGAUGACCUGCUGUACCUGGAGUUCCUGCACAAGUUCGAGAAGCAGUUCAUCUCCCAGGGCCCCUACGAGAACCGGAGCAUCUUCGAGUCCCUGGACCUGGGCUGGCAGCUCCUGCGCAUCUUCCCCAAGCAGCUGCUGAAGCGGAUCCCGGAGAGCAUCCUGGCCGAGUUCUACCCCCGCGAGGCCAAGGCGCCCGAGCAGGGCCCGGCGGGCACGGCCCUGUGACCCCCCGAUCCCCACGGACCA